CCGGCAUUAGUCCCCUCAGCUGGUCUAGACUAGGUGCAAUCAGUUGGGCAUUUCGCGCGAUGGCCGAAGUGCCCAAACGAGUGUUCCCGCCUCUGUAUGUUUCAAAUGGAGAUAUCCCUGUCGACAGACUGGCAUUUUUCCACGUCUUGGAACGUCUCAAGACGCAGAGACGAACGGGAUGGGUAGAGCACAAAAUUCCCAACGCGGAAAGCAUCUCGGACCACAUGUAUAGGAUGGCAAUAAUGGCUAUGUGCACUUCCGAUGCGAAACUCGAUAUCUCGAGAUGCGUGAUGAUGUGUCUAGUGCAUGACCUCGCGGAAGCUCAAGUCGGAGACAUUACGCCGCAUGAAGGCAUUCCAAAAUCUGAGAAGAGACGUCUUGAAGCGGAGGCGAUGCAUAAUUUCACUCACGAGAUGUUGCAUAGUAGCCCUGCUGCUCAAAGGAUUGAGGCAUUGUGGAAGGAAUAUGAGGAUGGCGAAUCUGAUGAGGCUCGUUUUGUCAAAGAUCUCGAUAGAUUCGAGAUGGCAUUUCAAGCAUCAGAAUACGAACGUCAACACUCCAAUCCGACACUGCAAUCGUUCUUUGACAACAGCAUACCUUUCAUCCAGCAUCCCGAGGUGAAGCAGUGGGGUCGGGAUCUCCUCGCUGAGCGGCAGUCGACGAAAUCUGAAGCUGAUGAACAGCCUUUGGGCUGAUUACGCCGAUUGUGAGGAGGCUCGUCGUGACAGAGCAGAAAGUGUCACAAAUCCGCAUAGCGUAGAUCUUGUUAAAUACAUUUAUUAUUAGUACAAUGCCAUAGACUCUGAAUUGAUCGACCG